AUGGGGGUGCUCACCAGAGCGAAGAACAGGAGGCUGGAUCUGGAAGAGCGCCUCGCCGACUGGAUCAGCAGCCUCCCCGACGGCGUCCUCGGCGACAUCGUCUCCCUCCUCCCCACCAAAGACGGAGCCCGCACGCAGGUCCUCUCCUCCCACUCAGCUGGCAGCAGCAUCCUGGCCAGCAAUAUCUCCCACAUCCUCUCUGCGCACCCUGGCCCUUGCCACCGCUUUGUCAUGCCUCGACGCUACGUGGAGUAUCCCUCCAGGAGGACCCUCGAUGGCUGGCUCCGUUCCCCCCUACUCGACAACCUCCAGGAGCUGGACUUCAACAACAGUCUCCUACUGCCAUCAGUGCACCGCUUAUCGUCCACUCUUUGCGUCGCCCGCUUCGGGGCCUGCAGGUUCGCAGAUGGAAACGAUGCCAGCCCGCUCCAAUUGCCACUUCUCAAGCAGCUGACACUUUUCGCAGUCGAAAUCUCAGAAAGCUCUCUGCAUGCCUUGCUCGCCGGCUGCCCUGUCCUGGAGAGCCUGUUGCUACUCCACAACAGCGGAUUCCGUCGGCUGCAAAUCGUGUCCUCGAGCCUCAGAAGUGUCGGUGUGGAUUCUGGUGGUUUGUGUGGCAUCAGGUUACAACAGCUCGACAUUGACAACGCCCCGUGUCUGGAAAGAUUGCUGUAUUUUGGAAGAACUGAAAUGAACAUCUCGGUAAUCUCUGCGCCAAGAUUGGCUAUUUUGGGGAAACUCUUUGACGGCUUUCCCAGGCUUCAGUUUGGGGCCACGGUUUUUCAGGGAGCAACCAUUGUUAGCAUGUCAGUGGUGGUCAGCAGUGUGAAAGUUCUUGCCAUAUAUGAUGUCAAUCUUUGCCUGGAUGCGCUUAUUAACUUAUUGAAGUGCUUUCCCCACUUGCAGAAGUUGUACAUCGAGAUAAAAAGAGUUUGGGGGAAAGAUUGGUGUACAUACCGGAAACUUGACAUUGGUCUAAGAAAAAUUGUGCUAAGAAAUUACCGAGGCAACAAGUGA